AUGUUCGCAACCAUCGGCUAUAUUGUGCCGGAGUACUACAAAUUCCCCGGCUUGCUGUCUCCGUCGCAGGGACUGAAGUUCGCUGAUGUGCCGAAUGGACUGAAGGCGCUCUCAGUGGUCCCGAAGGAGGGUUGGGCGCAGAUUUUGGCCUUCGCUGGCUUCAUUGAGCUUGUAGUCAACAAGAAGACUUCCGAGCCAGGAAACUACGGAAAAGGUUUCCUUGGGCUCGGAGCCGUGGGCUUCGGCAGCUCCAUCAACGACCCCACGUUGCGCGCGAAGAAGCUCUCGGCAGAGAUUGCAAACGGGAGGUUGGCGAUGAUGGCAAUUAUCGGAAUGUUCUUCCAGGACGGUCUCACCGGAUCUGCUUGGGGUGACUGGGCGCUGUAUACGGACUCGCCUCUUCGGGCGUUCGAGGACGAAACUGGUGUCCAAGCGCCAGUCGGCUUCUGGGACCCGCUGGGUCUGUCUGCCAGUGGCAACAUCUCCGACUUCAAGCGCCGCCGGGAAGUGGAGCUGAAGCACGGCCGAGUGGCCAUGUUCGCCACGAUCGGAUAUAUUCUGCCGGAAUACUGGCGCUUCCCAGGCUAUCUUUCCAAGUACUUGGACAUCAAGUUCGCCGAUGUACCGAAUGGUCUGUCGGCUUUCUCCAAGGUGCCGGCCUUCGGCUGGCUCCAGAUCGUGGGCUUUGCGGGGAUCGUUGAGAUCCAAAUCUACAACGAGCAGAUCAAGGAUGAGCCUGGCAACUACGGAGCGGGCUUUUUAGGCCUCAGAUCCAUUGGCAUCAUGAACACCGGCAUCGAGGACCCGGAGGUCCGUAAGAAGAAGCUCAAUGCUGAGCUUGCCAACGGCAGGCUUGCCAUGAUGGCCAUCAUCGGGAUGUUCUUCCAGGAUGGGCUGACAGGCUCGGCUUGGGGUGACUGGGCGAAGCUCGGCAGGUGUCGAAAUGUCAAAGUUUUGGUUUGA